AUGACUACCAAACAUCUGACAUCAGCAUCAUCGUCUUCACAUACAACUGCAGAUGGUAAACCAGAAACACAACAACAAAGACAACAAAGGUUUUUACUAGAAGUCGACGCCAAACAUGCCUAUGCUAAUGACAAAGAUGAUGCCACCAAACGUUUCCAAUACUUGCUUGGUCUAAGUGCCAUUUUCAGAAAAUUCAUCGACCUCAAUGCUUCAAAAGAUCCAGAGUUCAAAAAGAGGGUUCGACAAAUUGACAACAAACUGUCUUUUAAAGAAUCUGUCAAGAAUAACAGAAAGAAGAAAAACAGUAAUAGCAGCAGACGUCGGAAAACUGAAAAGGAAGAAGAUGCAGAAUUGUUACAAGAUGAAGAACACCAGGAUGAUGAAGAAAAUCAACAUACGGUCUUCACUGAAUCUCCAUCGUAUAUCAACGAAGGUACAUUAAGAGAGUACCAAAUUCAAGGCUUGAACUGGUUGAUCUCACUAUAUGAAAAUAGACUUAGUGGGAUAUUGGCUGAUGAAAUGGGGUUGGGCAAAACUUUACAAACUAUUUCCUUCUUGGGAUAUCUUCGGUAUGUAAAAAAUAUUGAUGGACCUUUUAUAAUCAUUGUUCCUAAAUCUACAUUGGACAAUUGGAGAAGAGAAUUUGCUAAAUGGACCCCUGAUGUCAAUGUUGUUGUUCUUCAAGGAGACAAAGAGCAACGUGCAAACAUCAUUCAAGAUCGAUUAUACCCUGCUGAUUUUGAUGUCUUGAUUACUUCGUUUGAGAUGGUGUUGAGAGAAAAGUCUGCAUUGAAAAAAUUUAGAUGGGAAUACAUUGUUGUUGAUGAAGCCCAUCGGAUCAAAAAUGAACAAAGCUCACUAUCGCAGAUUAUACGAUUGUUUUAUUCGAGAAACAGAUUAUUGAUUACUGGAACCCCCUUGCAAAAUAACCUUCAUGAACUUUGGGCAUUACUCAAUUUCCUUUUACCUGAUGUGUUUGGAGAUUCUGAACAAUUUGAUGAAACAUUUGAUCAACAACAGAAUAACGAAUUAGACGAAAGGGCAAAAGCUGAAGAACAAGAUAAAGUCAUUCAAGAAUUGCAUCAACUUUUGAGCCCCUUUUUGCUCCGUCGUGUUAAGUCCGAUGUUGAAAAAUCAUUGUUGCCGAAGAUCGAAACCAAUGUGUACACAGGUAUGACCGACAUGCAAGUCUCUUGGUAUAAGAACUUGUUGGAGAAGGAUAUAGAUGCUGUCAAUGGAGUCGUUGGUAAAAGAGAGGGGAAGACAAGACUUUUGAAUAUUGUCAUGCAAUUGAGAAAAUGUUGUAACCAUCCAUACUUGUUUGAUGGAGCUGAACCGGGUCCACCAUACACCACUGAUGAACAUUUGGUUUACAAUUCGGGUAAAAUGAUUAUCCUUGACAAGAUGUUGAAAAAAUUCAAGCAAGAGGGGAGCCGUGUAUUGAUUUUUUCCCAAAUGUCUCGAGUUUUGGAUAUACUUGAAGAUUAUUGUUACUUCAGAGAGUAUGAAUAUUGUCGUAUUGAUGGAUCUACUGCUCAUGAAGAUCGUAUUGAGGCUAUUGACGAGUACAAUGCUCCCGACUCUGACAAAUUCAUCUUUUUGUUAACUACAAGAGCCGGUGGGUUGGGCAUCAACUUGACUUCAGCCGAUAUCGUCAUCCUUUACGAUUCCGACUGGAACCCCCAGGCAGAUCUUCAGGCUAUGGAUAGGGCCCAUAGAAUAGGACAAAAGAAGCAAGUCAAGGUGUACCGUUUUGUUACUGAAAAUGCCAUUGAGGAAAAAGUAUUGGAACGAGCAGCACAAAAAUUGCGGUUGGAUCAGUUAGUUAUACAACAAGGAAGACAAUCAAAUGCAAAUACCAAUGUAGGCAGCUCAAAAGAUGACCUUAUUGAAAUGAUUCAACAUGGAGCACAAAAGGUGUUUGAAGAGCUGAAGAGUACUGUUAUUGAUGACGACAUUGAAUCUAUAUUGGCACGAGGAGCAGAAAAGACCAAAACCAUGAAUGAAAAAUUCAACAAGUUGGGAUUGGAAGACUUGCAAAAUUUCACUUCGGAUGGAUCAGCUUAUCAGUGGAACGGACAAGAUUUCACCAAGAAGGAAAAUUCGGGAGCGCUUGGUUUCAGUUGGAUUAAUCCUUCCAAAAGAGUAAGGAAAGAGCAGACUUAUUCUGUUGACAAUUACUACAAAGAUGUGUUGAAGCAGCCACCAACCGUCAAAGAGAAGCCACAAAAGCAAACAGUCAUCAAACCGAAAGCACCCAAAGCAUACACUUUCCAAGACCAUCAUUUUGCACCUAGUGGCUUGGAGGAGUUGUUGGAGCGAGAACAACUCAAUUUCAAAAAGGAUACCAAUUUCCAAUACUCUGUUGAUGAUUUUGGCGACUCAGAUGAGGAAUUCCUAGUUGAGGAAGACAAAGACGAAUUGAGUCGUCGAGAUAAGUGCAAGAUUGAACAAGACAAAAUUGACAAUGUGGAGCCACUAACUGAAGAAGAAGUUGCUCUCAAGGACAAAUUACUAGCCGAGAGCUUUUACACGUGGACGCGACGCGACUUUACAAAUUUCAUCCAUGCCACUGCCAAAUAUGGGCGUGAUUCAUAUGCCAAGAUUGCGAAAGCAAUGGGCAACAAGACGAGUCAAGAAGUGAAACGAUACGGCACGAAAUUCUGGAGCUCGUAUCAUGAAAUUGAUGGUUAUGAAAAGUACAUUUCUCAAAUUGAAGCACAGGAAAAGAAACGCGACAAGUUGAUGAAUCAACAACGAUUGUUAGUGGCCAAGAUUGAAAACUUGGUUGAUCCAUGGGAAGAUUUACCCAUUGUGUACCCGCCCAAUAACUCCAAGCGGAUAUAUUCCAAAACUGAGGAUAAGUUUUUGUUGAAUUGCGUAUACAAAUACGGCAUCAAUGAUGAACGAUUAAAUGACAAGAUUAGACACGAGAUUCAAAAUUCCGAUGUGUUCAAAUUCGAUUGGUUUAUUCAAUCGAGAACGAGUCAGGAGAUUGGCCGCAGAGUCAAUACGUUGCUUUUGGCAAUUACGAGGGAAGUGGAAGGACCCCCGUUGAAUAAAAAGCGGAAGUUGUUGGGUAAUGCAAAUUCGUCAAAUAGUAGCUCGAGAGUAGGGUCAGUUGAACCGAGUCUAGGGUCGGACAAAGCCUGGCUGGAAACACCAGCAAAGUAA